AUGGGGGGCCUCGCUUUCGCCCUGUUCGCCGUGCUACAGAUCUCGUCUCUGGCCUUUGACCUCCCGUCAUGUUCUCCAGGAUUCUCCUCUGAUUCUUUCCACUUCAGAGUCGGCAGGAAGCGGCUUCACUCCGGAAUGAGACUAGGGAAAGUGGAGUUCAGCGACUGCACCGACAGACGCAGGUUUCUCUUCAGCAGCGAAGACUCGAAGUUCUCUGUUCAGACGGACGGAGUGGUCACGGUGAAGCGAGCUCUGGAGCUGCACCACAGACACAAAGACUUCUCUGUCCAUGUCUGGGACUCUGAGGGGAACAAGUUCACUGUCCCAGUGCGGGUGCAGAACCACCACCACGAGAACCACCAUGAAGAGGGACAUCAGCCUCAAGCAGAGGGUCGACAACAGGAGAACCAUCAUACACAGACCAUGGCUCCCGCUGCAGACGCUGCUCCUGCUGUCAUCCGCCAUCGUAGAGAAACCUCUGGCAGUGAGGUGAUCUUCUUCCCCAAAGCCACUAAAGGCCUGAAGAGGAAGAAGAGGGAGUGGGUCAUCCCAGACAUCAACUUCGCAGAAAACCACAGGGGCCCUUUCCCACAGAAGGUGUCGCAGAUCCGCUCUAGUGACGACAAAGAACGUGUGAUCUACUACAGCAUCACGGGCCCCGGGGCCGACCAGCCGCCUAACGGGCUCUUCACCAUGGACAAGUUCUCUGGCAUUCUGUACGUGACGCAGCCGCUGGACCGAGAGGCCAAGGCCAACUACACCUUCCUGGCCCAUGCUGUGGCAGCAGGUUCUGGUCAGGCAGAGAAACCUAUGGAUAUCAAGGUCAUAGUGAUCGACAUGAACGACAACAAACCAAUCUUCACUCAAAACACGUACAUUGGAGAGGUGGCAGAGUCGUCCCCCAUCAACUUCGAUAUCCUGCAGGUGACUGCCAAAGAUGCCGACGAGGAGGACAACUACAACUCUCUGAUUAAAUACAAGAUUAUUAACCAGGAACCAAAGUCUCCAAGCAACGACAUGUUUGCUAUCAACCCCGUCAACGGGGUUAUCAGGGUCAACGCCGGAGGGCUGGACCGAGAGAAAAACCCAAAGUACACUGUGGAGGUGCAGGCUGCAGAUCUGGAUGGAAAUGGACUCACAGGAAACGCCAAAGUCAUACUGACUGUUACUGAUAGCAACGACAACGCUCCUGUCUACACCCAGACCCAGUUCACCUCCUCCAUCCCUGAGAAUAAGAAGGAUGCAGUGGUGGUGAAGAUGCAGGUCACAGAUGAAGACGAUGCCCACACUCCAGCCUGGAACGCCAAGUUCACCAUAGUGCACGGAGACCCCAACAACCUGUUCACCGUGGCAACCGGUACAAACAAGCAGGAGGGGAUCAUCACCACAGCCAAGGGUCUUGACUUUGAGAUGACUCAGACCCACACGCUGGUGGUCGCCGUGGAGAAUGAAGUGCCAUUCGCCAUCUCACUGCCCACAGCCACCGCCACGGUUGUUGUCACGGUGACGGACGUGAACGAGGCGCCCAUUUUUGAGCCUGCCGUCAAACUGGUGUCGAAGCCAGAGAACCUCCCAGUGGACAUGGAAGUGGUCCAGUAUGCAGCCUACGACCCUGACACGGCACGCAAGCAGAAAGUCAUGUACCGGGUGGUGAGCGACCCGGCCGGCUGGCUGAACAUUGCUAAAGAAACUGGUUUGGUGACAGUGAAGACUGAGAUGGACCGAGAGUCUCUCUUUGUAAAGGACGACAUCUACACCGUUCUGAUCGGCGCCUAUGACAACGAUGAGCACCCGGCCACAGGAACUGGUACUCUGCAGAUCAAACUGGAGGAUGUGAACGACAACGGACCAACUAUCGAAGAGCGAGAUUUCAGGGUGUGCUACAAAGAGCCUGGUCCUCAGCUCCUCACAGUCACAGAUAAAGAUGGACCUGGGUUUUCUGCUCCGUUCAAAGUUUCUCUGGAAGGAUCCUCAAAGAACAACUGGACGGCACGCAUGAACGAGACCAGUGAGACAGACGCACACACCGCCAAUGAGACACAGACGCACACACCGCCAAUGAGACACAGACGCACACACACACCGCCAAUGAGACACAGACGCACACACACACCGCCAAUGAGACACAGACGCACACACACACCGCCAAUGAGACGCAGACGCACACACCGCCAAUGA